AUGGGGUUGGACAAGGAGGAGAUGCAGAAGGAGUACAACGUGAGGGAGUUCUACCCGCCCCCGGCCCACGUGGACUCCUUCACGGUUCGCUCUCAUCACCUUCCUGGUGGCGAGAUCACUGUGCAGCCGCUGCCACCGCUGCAUUUGCAUGUACUACCUGGCUAUAAACUACACCUCGCUCAUUGCGUCCUUCGCCUACCGCCCCUCGUCCGCGCUGCUGCGCUGCCUCCUCUCGCUCUUCCCGGCCCGCUCGUCCCGCUUCAGAGAGCUCCUGGAGAAUCUGGGCGGCCGCUCCCUGCGGUGGUUUCUGACUCACUGGUGGCGGCGCUGCUGGAAGGCGUGAUGGAGGAGCAUCGGCUGAUGCUGCUCUACAUGAACACGCUGCUUCUCACUAAGGAAAAUGCCCUUCCGGCCAUUCUGGAACCCGUCAGCACCGAUGCGGGCGGGCAGGUGGAGGGGGAGAAGCAGCAGCAGCAGCAGCAGCAGGGGGAGGAGGAGUGGAGGAUGUGGGAGGAGGUGGACAGCUGGCACAUGGCGGCUGGCAACGCAUGGCCUGCGGUGGAGGCGCAUGACUCACCGCUGCAGAUGGGCGCAGGUAAAGGGAGGGGGCGUGUGCAGGGGGAGGUGUCGGAGGAGUGCUGUGAGGGCAUGAUGCGUGCAAUUAAAGACGCUGGGAAGGGGCAGAAGGGGAGGACAGGGGCGUGGUACCUGGCCCACGUGGAUGCCCUUGCUGCUGCUGCUGCCGCUGGUGCUGCUGCCGACACUGCUGCUGCCGACGCCGCCGCCGCCACUGCUGCUGCUGCUGCUGCCCCUGGUGAAGGGCACGGUGGCAAGGGAGGGCAGCGUGGGUGUGUGUCGGCACAGUGUGGCAAGGUGGAAGGGGCGGGGGUGCAGCUGAAGCUAUGCUCGCGGUGUGGCAAGGCUGCCUACUGCAGCAGGGAGUGCCAGAAGGCCCACUGGCCCACGCACAAGCUCACGUGCCUGCCCAAGGCCAAGGGGAAGGAAAAGGUAGAGGAAUAG